AACAGACGGAAUCCCCGCAGAAGAGCAGCGAGUCCACAACAACAACAACAAAAACGGGAGAGAAACCACAACUAACACCGGGACAGAAACGCUGAAGCGAACUGCGGGAGCGCGAGCGACGCACCGGGGGACGGAGAAGGAAUCCCCCCACUGAAACGAGGCCAUGGCUUAUUACCACAGUUCCCUAAGUGCCAUUUCUAUAGUGGUACUUCUGACAGGCGCCUCGAGUUUCUUCCUGUCAACUGCCAGCCCCGACAACAUUGCAGGACAUUUGGCUUCACCAACACAGAGCGUGGUUUCAAGCGAUGGAGAGAGGAGGUUGAUUCAGAAAAGGGUGGAUGAGGAUGAAGAAGACGAUGAGCUCUUUAAAGAUGUGGACCCUAAAACACUGGCAGCCGUCCUGCUGGAAGCACUGAACAACUCUUAUGUGGAGAAAAAGAUGCAGCAAGAGGGUGAAGGGAGUCUUGAAACAAAGGGUAAGAUGGCAGAAGCCGACCGCCAAGUGCGAACGAUGGAGAAGGGAGCAGAUCGAGACAGAGAUGGGCGACAUGAAAUAGAGCUGCUGAUGGCGGCACAGGGGAGAGAGCAGCAAAAGAAGGAGGAAGAAGAGAGGAAAAAAGCUCAGGAGGAGGAGGAAAAGAUGACAGAGAGGGUGACCAGUCACACCACCAGCCAGAAGGUCCAGGUCCAGACACCCCGGCCCAGCGGGCCCGUGAUGAGUGGAGCUGACGGCCAAGCAGCUCAAACCCAGCAGACGACAAGCCCAGAACAAGGCGGGGAAGUGGAAGAGCAGUUGAACCCGGAAGAGCUGAAAAACCUCGAGACCGUGAUGAAGGAGUUUCCUCGUUUGAACACGGCGACUAAAAGAGAGGGGGACCUGCAGCAGAACCAGAGGGAGAGUCGGGGUUACAGCUCAUACAAUGAGAUCUUACCUGUCAACAAAGGAAGCGAGAAGAAACUGAAAUGGCAGGAGGAAACACAAAAGGCCCUGAGUUUCCCAUCAUUCCGAGGAGGAAACUUCAUGGAUGACUUUGAAGAAGGUAACUUUGCGGGUGGUGAUGCAGCACAGCCUCUUCAAGAGCUGGAGGAAAAGGAUGAACCCAAGGAUGAAGAUGAGGAGGAGGAUAAUGAGGAAGUUUUGAGUCCAGAAGAGGAGGAAGCUCAGGCCAAAGCAGAGCAAGAGGAGAUGAGGAGGCAGGCCGCUGAGGCACAGAAGGCUAAGAUGGAGGAGGAGAAGCUCGCUGACAUCGCCUCCGACAUGUUGCUUCGCUACAUGGUCAAGCAGAACAAUGGCAACCGGAAGUUCAGCUCAUCUCUGUCGAACGCAGCCGAGGACAAAAGAUCAGAAGAGGAUCGGCAGGACAUGGAAGACGAGGAUAUCGACCCGCAGACUAUUGACAAGCUGAUCGAGAUCUCCAGCAAACUCCACCUGCCUGCCGACGAUGUGGUGGACAUCAUUAGCGACGUGGAGAAGAAGAAGAAGAAAGACCUGCCUCCAGAAACCUUCUCAUACUGGAGACGGCCUCAAACUUCCAUGUCAGAUCCGGCACUGUCCAACAGCUUUUUAGCUCCACAGACCAAACAGACCUCGUACCAACUCCCUAAGCCACCACCCCCAUCUGCCCGUCUUCUGAAAAGCUGGUUUCAAGACAAAUCCCCGACAAAAUCCCAAGAACGGUGGGGUCUCUCACCCGGGAGCUCAAGUAUUUGGCCCAAGCAAAAGUCCAUUUACCAAGAGCCGUGGUUGAAAUCCUCUGCUUGGAACAGCUACCCGCGAUACCCCUACCCAUACUUCUACCAGAGGAAGUACAGCCCAGUCUACUACCCCCUCUACUACCCCUCCGUACCACGAUCAAAUCUGGGCUACUAUUUUCCCAAAACUCCAGCCAAUCGCAACAGCAACCCUUUCCCUCCCAGACGUCGCUACCAAGGCUGGAUUCAACCCAGGCUCAGACAGCCGCCUCCAAGCAUGCAACAUAACCCCUACUACGCCACCUUCCCCUUCUCCUUGUACCCGCGGAGAAUCCAACCCCUUCCCAAACCCCACUCUCCCCCGCUGCUGCCAGCUAUUUCUUCGCAAAAGAAGCCAUUUUAUUACUCGGCCCCGGCAGCGUCUCACAGCAACGACUAUUAUGAGGCUGGAACAAAGCCAGACGGCAGCAACCGGGACAAUCUGGAGAAAUACAUCCAGCAGAUACUGAUGACUCGGCCAUUGCACUGAAGAGACGAGUGACGGGAAGCAAGGCAGACCGUGGGGAGGACAGAAUGCGUCUUUAUAUUUUGUUACUCUGACCAUUGGUUAAGCGUUCAUGCCAUGAGUCCUUCUGCAUUCUGAUUGUUGUUUGGAGGUUAUGCGGGACAUUGUCAAGAAACAGUCAGGUGUGGACAUUUUUCUAUUGCCAUUUCAUUGGUCUUUGUAAUUUGGGUCAGGAAGAGGCAUCACAUUUUGGCAUGACGCUGUUUAACGCCCACAAAGUGCUACACCAUAUGUAGCUGACGGGUUGAGCUUCAGGCCCAUUCUCAUUAGACAUUUUAUAUAUAUGAGCAAAGUCUCCUUGUGUUUGAACAGCCAAACAUAUUCGAAGGAGAUAAGGAACUUAGACAAGCAGAGUCUCGAUUUAGGAUCUUUAAGGGUUAACACGUUCACAGCCAUGAAGACAAAUCUGUUUUCCCCUUAUCUAGGCAGAGGGCUGGUCUCCAAAGAAAACAAACUUCAUGUGUGGUUUUAAUCAGAUUUCCUCAUGCAGCAAGGAAGCGCGACUCAAGAUUAAGAUAGCAUCUUCUGGAGGAGCACUGAAGGUCAUCGGAAUAUUGACGCACUUGCUCCUGGUGACUGACAAUGGUUUAGCGAGUAUGGACAGUGAAGGAUGGAAAAGAAAAGAAAAAAAACUUGAAAUCAGCAAUGUAUUAAGAUGGGGACAUUUUGAGGAUAAAAGAAUGACAUGCUUCAAGUGUGUUGAGACAUCCACUGCCCUGUCUGGAUUCAGCUGGAGCUCACCGGCAGGAGUCACAGCGCGUUUGUUUGCGCUUUGUUGGUAUUUCAGCAUCCACAUGUUUUGUUCAUCACGUGUCCCUCUAAGCUCUUUUAAUGAAACACAACACACAUUUCAUUCGCAGGCCACUGUGAAACGGCACCAUAAUGGGCUGAUGACUCAUCCCUUUGCAUAACUUCAAUUACCUUGUUGCCAUAGAGGCAAAUCCUGGUCCACCAGUACCCUGCAUUCUUCUGCACUCUUCUGCCACCUACCCAAGGCGUUGCAGGCCCCAGGACGGACGUGUCGCUGACGCUUUCCGAAAAUCCCCUGAUAUUGAACAUUCUCAAAUCCCUUUAACCCCUGGCAGGAACGAUUCAGGGAUCACACAGUGAGGGCUUCUGCAUUUGCACAUGUCGAUGAUGGUGCCUGAUGACAGCUCUGUUGGACUCGGCAAAACAAAAUUCUGUGUCGCUGAUCAUGUGGUGUUUAGUCCUCAUAGCCGGUGUGCAAAUUGUCGCACACUUUUCUGAGAUUGUAUUCCCUUUUCUUUCUACAUGAAUACAUUUUGAUACAGGACUGAACCAAGAGACGUCGAAAUGUGUGGUGAAUUAUGCAUGUUGUUCCCAGGACGUGAGGAAUGAAGAGGAAUCAACUUGUCACGCUGACUUUUUAUGAACAAACAGAGCAAAAGUCUGCCGCCUUACACGUCACUGUGACUUUGUCCAUGAAGUGCUUUUCAUCUUUUGUACCAUGAAAUGUCAUCCUCUAUAUUCCGCCUCUAGUCAGUUACGUCAGGAACUGGAAGGAGGUGUUCCGCUGUGCUCCAUGACACGGUGUAAAAAUGGAGUCAAAUUGCUCUGUGCUCUGACUGAUAAUGGGUAAUAAUUUCCUCCCUUCAAAUUCAAGAGGGAAACGGCACGGAUGUUGCCGUGCUGCUGUGUAGACUGCGUGAUAAGAGCAUCAUCUGGAGCAGAAGUGUGGCAUGGACAAUCUGAUCAUAAGCGUGAGACACUGACAUCUAUGUUUUUGUCAUUUCUACUGCGUUCGAUGUUCUGAAGAGAAAACUCAGAGACAGUUGGCCGGCGUCUGCACGUUUAUGUAUGCUUCAGUCUUAAAUUAGCAUCUCUGAAGAGACAGCAUCAACUCAAAAAAAAAACAAAAAAAAUCUACAAAGACGGCAACAAUGAAAAAGUCAAUGUACCUUUGAAUAUUGUUGAGUAGUGUAUGAACUCUGGGGUCUUUAGAUGUACCUUGUUGUGGUGUAAUAAACGUGUUUGCUGGAUGUAAACAUGUCAAUGACUACUUUUGCUACUACACGUCGACGAAGAAAUAAAGUCAC